GGACCGUUAUUUGAUUGUAUCAACAACAAUAACAUUAUCUGUUUGUGCUAUUUGACAGUGAAGAACGGAUAGAAUCAGUAGAAGAGAGACAUGAGUACUGCUGCUGCUUUUCUGAUUCCAGUCUCCUCGCUACCCUCUCUCGCUUCUCCUUUCAAGGGAAAUUUGAAAACCUUGGUAGCAAAACCAUGUCUAUGUCCAUGUCUCAAAAUUCAACGAACAAGACCCCGUGUUUCUGUCGUUAUUAAUAAGGCUGGUGUUUAUGCUACUACCACCAAACCAGGCGGUGAAAAUGUUCGGUUUAGGUUGGACAAUUUAGGUCCUCAACCUGGUUCAAGAAAGAAAGCAAAGAGAAAGGGAAGAGGUAUAUCUGCAGGACAAGGAGCAAGUUGUGGUUUUGGAAUGAGAGGGCAAAAAUCGAGGUCCGGACCCGGUAUUAUGAGGGGUUUUGAAGGUGGUCAGAUGCCGCUUUAUCGACGUCUCCCCAAACUUAGAGGAAUUGCAGGAGGUAUGCAUGCGGGAUUGCCAAAAUAUGUCAACGUAAAUCUGGAGGAUAUUGAAAAUGCUGGAUUUGAAGAAGGGGAAGAGGUGUCUUUGGAGACACUGACGGAGAGACGUGUGAUCAACCCAUCAGGAAGAGAACGAAAACUUCCUUUGAAGAUUUUGGGUGAUGGAGAACUAAGCAAGAAGUUAAAAAUAAUAGCCGGCGCCUUUUCAACAGCAGCAAAGGAGAAACUUGAGUCUGCUGGUUGUUCCCUCACCGUGCUACCUGGCCGUAAAAAAUGGGUUAAGGCAUCAGUUACCAAAAACAAUGCUCGUGCUGAUGAAUACUUUGCCAAGAAGCGAGAAGCAGCUGCUUCUGAACCGGUCCCUGCUUAAAUACGAAAACAAUCAUCAUCAUCAUCAACAAAGUGAUUUCUUCUUUAGGAAUGUUUCAUUUAGUUAUUAUGUUAAUUGAUGCAUUAACUCCUUUUUGUAUUUGAUUAAAGUUUAAUGUUGUAUAUCAUAUUACAGUUUGUUCAGCCAUCAAAAUAUUUUGAAAAAUAAAAAGCUUAAAAAUAUAGUCCUUUUUUGCAUGUCAA